GAGUCUUCGCCGACACGCACACACACACAAAACUUGUUUUAGCUGCUUCAGACGGGGGCGUAGGUACGACGGCAGCAAGGAUGCGCUGCUUGGACUCAGAAGCUCGACUCGACGACUCGCCUCGCCCCCUGCCCUUCACGCAUGCAGUCCCGGACUUGACGUCGCGCUGCCGCAAGCGUAAACGCCUUCUGCGCCUCGAGCCUCGAGCCUCGACCAUGGUAUCCCUCCGCCGUCGCCGCAUAUUCCACGCAGCAAUGAGCGAGAUCGGCAGAUCCCACGACGUACUCGCCCUGAUGCUCGUCGCUGCUUGUGGCUCGCUCUCUAUCUGCAACGCCCUGUACCUGUUCCCGAGCCGACAGAAGCCCUGUGCCGCGCCUGACGUCGUGCUCGUGCAACGUCCUCCUAUGCAACCCGUCCCUCCGACCCGCAUGAGCUUUGAUCAGUGAUGAAUGGGAGGCGUCGCAGCGUCGACGUCGGUCUGCCGGGGCCCACAUCAAACGCGCACAACGUAGCAAAGGUCGCACGACGAAGCGCGGCAUCUUCGUCUUCGCCCUGCGGCGGCAUCUCUUAUCGGGCGAAGCCACCAAAGCCAGAGCCCAAAGGCUUGCCGUUGAGAAGCGCCUCUUCGUGUGCGGGGCCCUUUCUUUGAUGACCACUCGACGUUGACACUCAAAGUUCUCACAUGUCGCCAUGCCCUUUGCCCACGAGUUUGAGAUUACAUUGCGGCGAGUCGUGAAGCUCGUAAUGCCGAAACAAGUGAGCGCUUGGCGUAGCAGGCCUUGACCUGACCUCACAAAGACCUCGUCACGGUUCAUGGCGUGAGGAAGACAUUCGCGAGUGACCGCCAAGCUCAAGGAUGAAUGAACGACGAGUCCGCUCAUCGUAGCGAUGAAUGUGCGG